AUAAACCAUAUUCUUUACUAAACUUUAAGUCAAUGCUAAAUAUUUGUUUUGAAAUUUUUUUACAUUUAGGAAAUAAAUCUUCUGAAAACCCUAGAGAUUAAAAGCUAUUGCUCAUCUUAUCUCUCCCAAUUUUAAAACAUAACCUUAGUUAAAUCUAUCUGCUCCGCCUCCGAUUCUUUUUUUGCCCUUGCAACAACCAAAGGACAUGACGAUGACGUUCGAGAAAGGUCGUCACUAAUCUCGAGACGAGGUAUUCCGUGCUUUACUCGAAAAAGUGUGUGAGCUUUGUCUUGUUUAUUCCAUCAAUGUCGUUCCCGGAGAAGAAGAGGAAGACGGCCACAAAGAAGUCGUUACUUAAGCCCUCGCUGACGUUGCAAUCAACCCCAAAUCCUUCACUUCCCCUUCCCGAUGAUUUGCUAUUGAGUUGCUUUGCACGCGUCUCUAGGUUGUAUUACCCGACUCUAUCCCUUGUCUCUAAAAGCUUACAUUCUCUCAUUACUUCACCAGAACUUUACAAGACUCGAUCACUCCUUAACCGUACUAAGAGUUGUCUCUAUGUCUGCUUAAAGCUCCCAUCUGACAGUAACCCUCGAUGGUUCACUCUUUCUCGGAAGCCUAAUCACCCCAGAAAGACAAAGAAUAAGACAAGUGGUAAUGUUUUGGUUCCAGUCCCAUUUCCCCAAUCUUCUCAUCCUACGCACGCGGCAAGUUUUGUAGCUGUUGGUUCUGAUAUCUACGAAAUUGGUGGACUCAUCAACGGCAGACCUUCCCCUAACGUCUCGGUCUUGGAUUGUCGUUAUCUUUCACGAAACCAAGCUCCAAACAUGUUGAAAGCUAGGAAAAAUCCAACAGUCUAUGCUAUUGAUGGAAAGUUAUGUGUUGAUGGAGACUCCAUCGACUCCGUAUCGUCAAACUAUAUAGAGGUUUUUGAUCCAAAAACCCAAACUUGGAAGCUUGAGGACCGAACUCCUUUUGCUAUAGAUAUAAAAGAAUGUCGCCUCGGGACGUCGUUUUCUGGUUGCUGGAUUGAUAACGUGUAUAUGUGGUACGAAUCCGGAUACAGACAGUUCGAAUGGUAUGACGCUAAUGAAUUAAAAUGGAAAAUCUUGAAAGGUAUGGAAGGACAACUGCCUAAGUUUACUAAAUAUUGUGAUGUUCAAUUGGGGAAUUAUGGUGGAAAGAUGGCGGUUUUAUGGGAUAAGCAUGAUCGUUCUAGCAAUGAUAAGGGAAGGGUUAUUUGGUGUGCGGAGAUUGCGCUUGAAAUAUGUAAUGAAGAGAUUUCGGGGAAGGUUGAGUGGUUCGGUCAUCUGCUUAAAGUCCCCAAGUUGUUUAGGUUCAUGUGUGUUCUUGAUCCUACUCUUUGAUGAGUGGCAACUGAAACAUGUGUUUGAAUCAAUCACUCAUCGGUAAAGUAUCAUUAUGUUUUCAAUCUGAUGUAUGACUUGUCUUGUUUUUCAUAUUUGUAACUCCAAUUUCGAACUUUGUUGAAAUUGGUAAUGCUUAGCUUAUGUAUGUUGUC